AUGAUAGCAGUAAUGGACUAUGGAGAACAUAUCCCAUUGGAUAUGGACAAUACGAUCACGAAUGCGGACGGCACACGUGAGAAUAAAUAUUCGAUGAUGCAGUUCGCUUCGCUCUACUUUAGACGAGCCAAAAACGUGCUGAAUGGUGAUUCGUUAACAGCACAACGCAAAAAAAAGGAUAGCAAUUUGAAAGACUUAAAUGAAAAAAUUAGAUUUACCGAACGGCCAAUAUCACAUUCACUGCUUAAACUGGAUAGUAAUGAAGCAGAUAAGCAAGCCCAAGAAGCAUUCAUAUAUACCGCGUUGAUAUGCCUUCAAAAUCUGGCCAAGACGUUUAAAUACGGUGGAAGAAAAUUCUUGUUGAGCGGACGUGAAGUUGAGGCGAUAACGAUGGGAAAGAGUAUGAAACAACAAUUGUAUCACUUACCCGGAGGACACAAGACGGUGGUGAAUACGAAGGCGGUGACCGUUGUCGAGGAGAUCAUCCAGCAGCUGUGCAUCGAACUCAACAUCCGAAGUGCGGCCGAACAGCAGGAAUUUUGCCUGUGUUAUAUACUCGAAUCUGAGAGUACAAUGAAGUUGUUGUCAAAUGAUGAGUACAUAUUGGAUGUAUGUACUGAACUGGAGCAUCAGAAGAAGGAUUACUUCUUGUUAUUGAAGAGGACCGUUUGGAUUCAUCCACUGCGUCUAGAUAACAGCCUUUAUAUCGAUGUGAUGUUCUUCCAGGUGCUACCGGAUUAUAUUGAGGGAUUUUUGAUAGCGCCGAAUACGAACGCGUUGAGUGCGGUGUGCUUAGAUGAUGUGGCUCGUCUUGGAGCAUAUCUACAUUUAUCUGAUAGUAACGUAGCCGCACAAAACACAGUAGUUUUGCCACAAAACGUACACAUGCUGUUGCCACAGUCGAUUGUCGGUACACGUCCGGCUGAGCAAUGGACCGAGCGAAUCAAUCGAAAAUUAAUGGAAAUGAAUACAAUGAUGUCACCUAUAGAAGCACGAGCUGCUUUCUUAGAAGUGUUGGAGAGAUGGCCGCUAUUUGGAUCGACUUUCUUCUAUAUACAAAGUUUGGUUGACAGUGAAAUGAAUUUGAUGAUUGGAGAAUGUUUAAUAGCGAUUAAUAAGUUUGGUUUGCGAUUCUUAACGUUGCAAACGCACGAGACGGUCGCUGAAUAUAACCUAGCUCAGGUGCUCUCAACGAAUAACUAUGAAACCGAAGACGGCAGCAUGUACCUUGAUAUUAAGGUUGGAACAACUAUUAAUCAACGCACAAUAACGCUCAAUACAGAUAAGGGUGCUGAAAUCUCAAGACUUUUGGGACAGUAUAUUUAUGUGGACAGUGAGAAUCUAGGGUUUAUCAAUGGAGGCGAGAUCGAUUUGGUGCCGUGA